CCGUGUGGAUGUGUCAUUGUUUCUAACACUUCGGAGGUUCAUGCCUGCUGAAGCGCAUCGAGGAGAUCUCCAGAGUGCCAAAAGCGUGCCAAGACACAACUUUACCCUCCCCUCUACACAACACCUCCAGCUCCUCAUUCCCAACGGAUGUCACCGCUGACACUCUCCACAGCCAAGUCUGUGGGCCACAUGACGGUGCAAGCCACACCUCCACGCCAUGGUCAUGAACCCUCAAAGCAUAUAAAUGAGGGAAGAAAAGGAGAAGAGGAAUCACAAGCUGACCAGACAUGAUAAAGAUGGAGCUCUCCAGGGUUCACUUGUUGCUUGGAGCCGUAGGGUUUCUUCUGUGGACCAGCGGUGGCUCUGCUGCACCCAUGGAGUGCCACUUCAGCUCCAGAGCUCUGUGUGUGUACGAGGGGAGGCACUACUCACUGGGUGAAACCUGGAUGGACAACGCUUGCAUGCAAUGCACCUGUCUGCACCCUGUUGGGGUCGGUUGCUGUGAGACAGUGCAUCGGCCGGUGGAUUUCCCCGCAUGGUGUGAAGUGCAGGUGGAGCCAGUGACCUGCAAAGUGUUUCUAGUCCAGUCAGCUGACCCCCGCCUGCCCUGCUCCCCGGGUGAAGCGAACAAGGACCCGAGCCAUGGAUCGCUUCAGCUGCAGCAGCAUCUCGAAGGCUAGAACGCAACUAGCACUGAGUAACUCUGCCGCCACUCUGCCUGCCCAUGGAGCCGAUACUCAUUACAGUUAGAUAUCCAUAACCAUUACUCAUCUUCAGUAUAUGAAUU